AUGCCCACCAUAACUCACCGGGAGCAGAGGGAGGAAGAUGGUGUGGAAGACAUGACACAGUUGGAUGAGAUGCAUGAAGUGGCUGUACUGCUGAAUGUACGCAAAAGGUUUGAAAGAGAGCUAAUUUAUACCUACAUAGGCAGCAUUCUGCUUUCGGUGAACCCUUACAAGAUGUACAACAUCUAUGGGACAGAUAUGGUACUGUUGUACAAAGGUCACACUCUAGGAGAGAACCCUCCGCAUUUGUUUGCUAUAGCAAACGCUGCCUAUUCUAAAAUAAUGGAUGCCAAACAAAAUCAAGUCAUAUUAAUCAGUGGGGAAAGUGGGUCAGGAAAAACCGAGGCCACCAAACUUGUUCUCCGUUUCCUUGCAUCUGUUCAUCACUUGAACAACCUUGCACAACAGGUAAGCACGUCCAAUAUACUUGAGGCAACUCCUCUACUGGAAUCCUUUGGAAAUGCCAAAACUGUGCGAAAUGAUAACUCCAGUCGCUUUGGGAAAUACAUAGAGGUCUUUUUAGAAAAUGGUAUAAUCUGUGGUGCCAUAACCUCUCAGUAUCUACUGGAAAAGUCCCGAAUUGUGUUCCAGGCCAAAGAUGAGAGGAACUAUCACAUUUUUUAUGAGAUGCUGGCAGGUCUUCCUUCUCAGCAGAAGCAAGCUUUCUAUCUGCAAGAAGCUGAAACCUACUACUAUCUCAAUCAGGGAGGAAAUUGCAGAAUUAUGGGAAAAAACGAUGGAGAUGAUUUCAGGCGUCUGCUGUCAGCCAUGGAAAUCCUUCACUUCAGCCCAGAGGAGCAGUCUGCCAUCUUUAGAGUUCUGUCCUCCAUAUUGCACUUUGGCAAUGUCUACUUUCAAAGAUAUGAGAAUGAUGGCCAGGAGGUGGCCUCAGUGGUCAGCACUCAGGAGAUUCGGGUCGUGGCUGAGCUGCUGCAGAUCUCACCAGAAGGACUCCAGAAAGCCAUCACCUACAAAGUGACAGAAACUAUGAGGGACAAAAUCUACACACCUCUGACUGUAGAAAGUGCCGUUGAUGCUAGAGAUGCUGUUGCCAAGAUCCUGUACUCGCUUCUCUUCCACUGGUUAACAGAGAGAAUCAACGCUCGGGUGUAUCCCAUGCAGCACACACUCUCUAUCUCCAUCCUGGACAUUUAUGGAUUUGAGGACCUGGCCUUCAAUAGUUUUGAGCAGCUUUGCAUUAAUUAUGCAAAUGAGUACCUGCAGUUCUUCUUCAACAGGAUCGUCUUCAAAGAGGAACAGGAGGAGUACAACAGGGAACAAAUCCCAUGGCAGAACAUCACUUUUAGUGACAACCAACCCUGCAUCGACCUCAUAGCCUCUAAGCCUCAUGGGAUAUUGAGGAUUCUGGAUGAUCAGAGCUACUUCCCUCAGGCAACAGACCACACUUUUCUCCAGAAGUGUCACUAUCACCAUGGCAACAACCCUCUCUAUAUGAAGCCAAAGAUGCCCAUUCCAGAGUUCACCAUCAAGCACUUUGCUGGUCAAGUCACUUAUCAGGUUUACAAGUUUCUGGAUAAAAACCACGAUCAGGUCCGACAGGAUGUUCUGGAGUUGUUCAUUCAGAGCAGAAACAAAAUGGUUUCAAACCUUUUCUUGGCACAUGGAGAAGCCAUCAGCCAUUCAAGAGGAGGCCACAAGAGGAAGAGCAGCUCGGUCACCAGAAAGUACCAAGCUCCCACCGUCAGCAGCAAGUUCCAGCUGUCGCUGCUGGAGCUAGUUGAGAAGAUGGAAAGGUGCAACCCCUUUUUCGUUCGCUGCAUUAAGCCAAAUAGCAUGAAGCAACCAGGCAUGUUUGAGGACGACCUGGUCAGCAGCCAGCUGCGCCACUCUGGGGUCCUGGAAACAAUCAGGAUCCGUAAAGAGGGAUAUCCAGUUAGGAUGCCAUUCUAUGUCUUCCUGUUUAGGUAUAAGUCCUUGGUUGGACUUAAAGAGCUUCCAGCAGCAAAUGGGGAGAACUGUGUCAUUUUGCUCAGCAAACUGUGUCCUCUCCGGCCAGGAGUCUAUCAUGUCGGGGUGACAAAGGUGAGGUAAAAAGAAAUCUGCUUCUGAAGAUGGACAAAUUGCAAGUUGCACAAAUUGUUUACAUAAAUUGUCUUUGAGCUCAGUUGUUCCUGAAGGAGGACGUCUACCAGUUGUUGGAGUGUAAAAGGGAUCGAUCACGUGAACUGGCCGCUCUCACGUUGCAGCGCUACGUCCGCAUGUUUUUUGUCAGGAAGCGCUUCAUCGACUUCCGCAAGAAGAUCAUCAGGUUUCAAGCUCAGUGCCGCGGCUUCCUGCUCAGGUGAGACAGAGACGGUAAAGACCUUCAAAUGGUUUGAACCACAGCUAAUACUUUGAAUGCUUACUUUUUACUGCUCCACAGAGGUCAGUAGGUCAAAAAA